AUGAUAACUCCUGAAGUAUUCUCCAAAAAAGGGAUGAGCAGUGAAAUUGAAGUUAUAACCAUGAAAGAGCAGGAUGAAUCAAGCUUAAUCGAAGACUAUGAAGACAAAGCCUCCAGUCUAACAAAAAAGCAAGAUGAGCGUAUUAAAAUCCAGUUGUGCUGGGAUAAUGUCAGCUAUGUCAUAGAAAAUAAAGGGGAAGAAACCCAAAUAUUAAAAGCAGUUUCAGGAAAAGCCAACCCAGGCGAACUUCUAUAGCGCCUUGCUAUAAUUUUGGGAGGCCACUGGCAUAUGGAGAUAUCCUCUACAUGUCAGAAAUAUUUCCACAUGUGAAGCUACUGUAUUUCUCUUCUUUCACAUAUGGAAGUAUUUCUGGCAUGUGGAGAAUAUCUCCACAUGCCAGAGGCCUCCCAAAAGUUUGGCAAGGCACUAUAGUUUUGAUGGGUUCUUCAGGGGCUGGCAAAACCACGCUUUUAAAUAUCUUGGCUGGGAGACUCAAAAGCAGCAAUAAUGCCAAGAUUAUUGGUCAGAUAACUGCAAAUGGAACUAAUAUAAAGGACAUUGACUUUGGGUAUUAUUCAGCUUAUGUCACUCAAGAGGACAUUCUACUUCCCAAUCUUACUCCUAGAGAGUCUUUAAUGUUUUCUUCACGACUUAGAAUGCCAGGUCAUUAUAAUGCACAUGUGGAUAGGGUGAAUACAAUUAUUCAAGAUCUAAGGUUGAUGAAAUGCGCAGAUAAUGUCAUUGGAAGUAUAACUAAAAAAGGCCUUUCUGGAGGUGAAAGAAAAAGAGUUUGCAUAGGGAUGGAACUUAUCACUGACCCUAUUGUCCUUUUGCUAGAUGAACCUACUUCUGGUCUUGAUAGUUUUACAGCAGAAGUCGUUAUUGACUUAUUAAUAGAGCAAGCUCGCAAAGGCAGAACUGUUAUGUCAACCAUACAUCAACCAAGCACAAGCAUUUUUGAUAAAUUUGAUAGAUUAAUUUUAUUAGCAGAAGGUCACCUUGUAUAUCAAGGGAAAGCUAAAGACUCCCCCAAGUAUUUUGCAAAAACUGGAUAUGAAGUCCCAAAGCUUAUGAAUCCAGCAGAUUUUUAUAUGAGACUUCUGCAUGUUGUAGAUAGAAAACAUCCUACGCAAGAAGAGCAUGAUAAAAUUGAAAACUUGGUUUCUGCUUAUAACUCGAUUGAGACUACAGAUGAUUAUGAUAAAUCUGCCCUUGAGCCUUUGGCUAAUAAGCACUUACUCCCCAUCCGUGAGCGAACAAAAAAAAUUUUGUUCGCUUACGAAUGGAAGUUAAUUUAUUUUUUUAAAAAUUUAUAGAAAUUUUUUUUUUUAUGAAAUUUAAAAAAAUCCUAAUUCGAAAUAGCAAAUUUAUUUAAUUAGAAAUAUUUUUGUUUUAAAAUGCAAGCUGCUUAGAAUUAAAACAGAAUUACUAGAGAUUUUAUUAUACUAAUUAUCACUUAUAUUCAAAAUAUUUUUUAAUAAAAAUUUUAUUUGUUCAAGAGGGGGGAGAGUUUAGUAGCAGCUACAAAUUUCGCUGAACAAUUUGUGCUAUUAUUUAGAAGAGCUUGGAUAAAUGCAAGAAGAGACCCUCUUGCUGGGCAACUUUUGUUUGCUGAAUAUAUUAUGGUUGCUGUUUUGGUCGACUUGAUUUGUAAUAAUCUAGCCAAAAAUUAUGACUCUGCUAGAACUCGUACUCAAUUACUGUUCCUUUCCAUGGCAACUGUAGCAUUUUUUUCAUGCCAAAAUGCAGCUAUGCAAUUUCCAAGUGAGACUCCUUUGUUCCUAAAAGAAAGUAAGCAAAGGAUUUAUUCCACAGCUUCUUAUUACUUAUCAAAGUCAAUUGCUGACCUCCCAAUGCAAUUUCUUCCACUCUUAGUGUAUUGCCUAAUGGUGUAUUGGACAAUUCCUUUCAAUGAUUAUGAUGCAAGCAAGUUUUUUAUUUUUUAUUUUGUGCUUGUAUUAUUGCAAAUAGCUGCUAUUGGAUUAGGCUAUAUUUUAGGCUGUAUGGUGAAAACAGAAACUGUCGCUUUAGCAAUUUGUCCGAUCUUUUUACAGCCUAUGAUGCUUUAUUCAGGAUUAUUCCCUAGUGUAAAUCAUUAUCCUGAAGGCUUUUCAUGGAUUCAGUAUAUAUCUGUAAUUUUUAUUUAG